AUGUCGAGCUGGGUCGCACUGAAUGUUGAGCCCGAUGAGGCUGUUGAAGAAGAGGUUGACGACACCAAGGAGCUUCAGAUUGAAGAAGCCUUGAAGCUUUACCACGGUGCUCUGAAGCUUCAUUCCCAAGGACCAGAAUACUAUGCUCAGGCUGCGGAUGCAUACGACGCGCUUCUCAAUUCGGAGAUCUUCAAAUACCCAGAGUCUGUCUCCGAAUUCCAAAGGAGCGCAUUCGACGAUGCGCAAGCCCAGCAGAUUUCCGAUGAAGUUGCUCCCGAAUCGAUCGCCGAAUACAAUGGCACCGACUCCGCCUCCAGUUUAUUCCAAGUGCUAUAUCUGUCCUACAAGAAUCAUGGCAAAUUUGUCCUCGACUCAGUACUGAACUCCAUGCAACGAACGCUACCGUCUCCCGAAACCGAGCAGGAAGCACAAACAAAGCUGAAGGAGGCAUCUACGACAGCUCUGAGGUCAUUCGGGGAUGCGCUCGAACGAGAUGACUCGGAUCUCAAUCUCUGGAGACAAAGCGCAAGACUCAGCAGUGCUUUGAACAGCUAUCGUUUGUCGCGGUAUUGCUUAGAAAGCGUACUGGCGGACGAUAAUAAUCGCUUGGAAUUGCGGUCAGAGCAACUUGGCAUAGAGGAAAUAUUUGCGGAGCAACGCCUGCGCAGCACGCUGCAGUCCCUUUUCGACCAAAUGUCUGCGUGUCAAAUGCCCGAUCAAAGGCCCAAAAGAGCUCUUCUGAAAUACCUCAAGCAGCAUGAGGACCCAUAUCCCAAUCUACCCGCCCUCCCAGCCGACUUGUGUGAUUUAGAUUUGUCCAAGCACCCUCUUGCUCUAUGCACAUCCCGUCGAGAAAUAGCACCAUCCGCCCCCACCUGGGAGGCAGUCGGUAAGGCACUCCUUCAGGCGCUUGAUGAAGAAGAUAAUGCCUCGCUCGCUGCUGUUCCCACUAAACCAAUUGGAAUCAUCUUACCUGCAAGGAGCUCUCAGGCUCCAAUCACGCCAAUCCAAAAUGAAGAGGACACAGAAAUGGUCAUGGAUGCCGUGGAGCUGGGAAGCAAGGACGACAACGAGGAUGGCAACGUGGCCAUGGUUGAGACAACUGAGAACGAUGCUAAGUCGGACCAAGGUGCACCUGAGCCAACGAAAGAGCCCUCUGAACCAGGCGAAGAAGAAUCAACCUGCGACCAGAGUGCUGAAAAGCAACUCAUAGAAUCACUGGAACGUCAAUCAACGCAACCACAGGAUAAGCAGACCGAACAAGAUGGUACCCAGACAGAAGAAGUGGACACCAACUCUGCAACAGACGCCCGGAAGAGAUCGUCGGCUUCAGCGGUAAACGACGAGCCAGAAGGAGGGCGCAUGAAGAGCAGACGGACGCGAGCCCGAGAGUCCAAUGCUGAUGGUCUGGCGCCGCUCGAGGAAGUUGCGUUUGAUCAAGAAAAGUACUACGGAGACCGUCUUGAGGUGUUUAUCAAUGCCGAUGAUUGGAUGUUCAGCACUGUCGACUCUCUCUUCUCGAAGGUCGGUAUUGAUGCACUGGGUAGUAUUGAAGGUCUGAGGGAAAAGUGCUCUCAAAUCGACUCAACGGAGAGACCCCAAGAUAUUGAGUUGCGACUCUUUCAGGAUCUUCGAGGUCUCAUCAAGACGUGGGAUGAUGAAAAAUCACGGUCGAUGCAACAGAAAGACGAAAUUUCUCCCCUCAAGGACAUCCGCGGCACAAGCAAGUCUGGGUUAGCUGUCUUUCUUGAGCACUCAAGGAAAGGAGCUAGGAAGCCAAGCGUCGAGGAAGAGCUUCCCUGUGGGGAGCAGCUCUAUAAUUUCUCCAAUGCAAUCAACUCUAGCUGGCUACAUCCCCAUCAAACAUCCUUCGAGUGGCUCAAGUGUCUUCUUAUGCCGGAAUUUGGCCAGGAGACUCCAGAUUGGACGACGGCAAAAUCUAGUUACGUCACUUACUUGUGGCCCAGAGAGCUCAAGAAGACUGUAGUUGGAAUUCUAGUUCGGGAGGACGAAUUCAUCUACCAGACCUGCAAGAAAUCGAUCGCAAGUCUUGAGGCUCGAGUCCUGAGUUUCGGCAAUGAGGCUGGCUUUGAAUAUAUGGCCAAUGAUCUCUACGAGUUUGAGAUGAUACAAAACAUCUACGAGCUUCAUUUGGAUAUCUUUGCUUCGGUUGACAGCCUUGGCAGUGAGGCAGCCCAGGGUACAGUACUCGCGCAGCGAGAUCGGUUGGCUCGCUGGGGUAUGCUAGCUCGCUCAUCCAUAGAUCAUUUCCUCGAUCACGGUCCAUCUGGCGAAUGCCAAACCAACCUCACGCUCCGCCAUUUGUGGGCAUCGGCAUUCCAUAUCAAUCUCGCCGGGGACGCGCAGCGUGAACACGUGUUGCUCUGUCUCCAAGACCUGAAGAGAAUCCUCAAGUCACUGGGAGACCCAAAUGUCAAUCUCGUCAACAAUGCUACAAUGUCCGAACUGUCAGCUGCUGUGAUAGACCAAGAAGUUUUGAAGCUCAAGUGCAUGGAUUUCUUCGCCAAGGUCUUCAACUCAGACUCCGAGGAUCCCGUGUCUCUCAUCGAAGCCAUAGAGCCAAUUCUUGAACCCGCAUCGGUUGAGCACGCUGAAACGCCAACGGGGAAUGACAUGAACCACCCCACAUCACAUCUCGCUGAGAUGGCUGCCUUCCUAGACCGAGGGGAUGCUACACUGCGACUCUUCCUCUGGCGCAGACUCCAGGAGGCUUACCAAGCUAUUGACUACCCGCCCAAAGUUCUAUCUUGCUAUUUGCGAAGCAUUGAAGUGGUAAUGACAGAACUCGAGGCAUUGAAACAUAACGAAGAAACAAGCAACACUCGUCAGGUCGCUUUGCUGGGCUGGCUCAAAGCCCUUGAUGGCAUCGUGGCCAAAUCCAUACCUCUUGUUCUUGAGGAGUCGGACCAAGCAUUCGACUGCCUAGAUAUGGAACAUAUACGAACCUCAAUGUCGGCUAUUGCCCGCCUGACCAGACUUCUACACAGCUUUAUCCUCUACGAGGACUCGGUUCGAAAUGCGAGAGCUUUACGUUCGCUGCUGGAUUUUACAAUACUUCCUUUUGUGGACGCGGUUGCUCAGAACAAGGAGCUCUUUGUUGAUCCAAAUGAAGACCGUAUCCAUUUCCUUCGUUCCGUUCAUAACGCUUUGGGCGUUAGAACGAUGUGCAGAUACUCGCAGAAGAAGUUCUUGAGGCUUCUCAAAGCGGAGUUGUUUGGUCUCGAAAGCAAGGGAGACUAUGAAUUUGAUAUGUGUCAGCUACUUCUCGACCUUCAUGGUAUCAAAUUCUCUGCAUUCGAUGGGACUGUGGAUCAUGGAUGUCCCUCCGAGAAAUUAGAUCGCCCCACGGCCAUCAUGAUGAUCGAUUUUGUCCUGCAGCAGGCAAACAAGAUGAAUAUGAAGGACUUGUCCAAGUCAGAACUGAAGACUACCAUCGAGAAGAUGCAACAAGCAAUUGGCCCCGCCAAGGCUUCUUCGCAGACACCACAGUUCACCUUCAAUCGCCGUCUUGUAAACGCAUAUCUCAAAGCUGCACUCAACCCAUCUAAUCUUCUUCGUGCUAUCCAGGGCAUUACGGAGCUCUCGACGACGGUAGUUCCCACUGAGAAUGGGAAGAUCGCUGCAAAAGGCUGGUUCUUCCUUCUCGGCCACGCCGCACUCACCAAGUUCCGAUCUCAGAAACGCCUCAGCCCUGGCCCAACGACCGAGCUUGAUGAUGCCAUCGGAUUCUUCCGGCAAGACUUAGAUCAUGGAACAGGCAGAUGGGAAACCUGGUAUCGGCUCGCGCAGGCCUACGAUUCAAAGCUGGACGAAGACAUCACAUGGACGGCUGAUAAAAUCAAUAACAAUCGUUCAGAUUUGGCCGCUUUGCAGCGAAACGCGAUCCACUGCUAUGCCAUGGCUGUUUCGACGGCAACCAGGACUGCAGAACCAACGGCAGAGACCAGUGGACUGAUGGCUGACCUGUACUCCGACUUUGGACUUCGCCUGUACUCAUCUUCCCGCGAGCCACUAUCUAUGGGAGCCUUCAGUGUUGCGGACUUCCCUCGUCAUUUCAGCAGUGAGGAGAGCCAACAGAUGUACAAGGGAAUGCCCUUCAAGGAGAUGUCUUUGUAUUCGGCGUGGAAUUUCGCCAGCAACCUUCUCAAGCGCGCGACGGCGGACAAAUCCAAGCGCUGGAUGGCCCACUAUACGCUAGGCAAGUGUCUUUGGAAAAUGUACAGCAGCAAGGAUGCCUUGAGAACGACAUCUAAAGCAGUGGAAGUGCAAGAGAUCAUAAAUGCUCUUCUUGAUGCUAUUGCUGCGCUUCCGCAACGAAGAGACUCGCGCUCUGAACCAAUCUUCGAGCCCCAUUUCAAACUCUUGUCUGUUGUGCACAAACUAGUUUCCCGAGGGAAAAUGACUCCUGCCGAGGGAAGCAAGACACUCCUCGCAACACCCUGGGCCCGCAAGAUCGAUGCUCCCGAAAGCAUCGAGGGGUGGAAUUCAUACAUACUGGAAGUUAUUCGGAAGUUCAAGAGUGCUGACAAGUCUAACUGGCACCAUCGCAUGGGCGUGAAGGCUGCUCAUAUCAUUUACGACGACCAGCAAAACGCAACCACUGCCCUCGCUGCCAAGCAAGAACUCUCCCAGAUAUUCACCAAAACACUGACAAUCCAAGUGUGGCGUCCUGAAUUUGAACGUCCGGGACGACACUUCGUUUACACGACCCGCUACGUAUACUUCUUCGUUAACCUACUUGACCAGCUGGACGAUCGUGCAAGCCUGGAUCAAUUGCUACGCCGUGUAAGAAAGAAGCAAGGCGAUUUCCUCAAUCACACCAAGCUAUGGGAAGACAUCUGUCUUACCUAUGCCAAGGUGAGCAAACUUCAUUAUCAAAUUGAUCAACCCUCACAAAUCCAAACUCACAUCACCCUUCAGUUAAUCCGCCGCGCCGCCAACAUAACCGAAGGCCACGAAGAAAGCAUCUUCAAACCAAUCGGCUGGGAAGAAUUCUCCACGAAAACAGCCCGUCUAGAAAGCCUCCCCCAACUAGCCCCAGACAGCCAAUCCAUCCUAGAACUCCUCCACGACGCCCUCGAACUCAAAAAACUCAACAACAACCUCAUGAAAAUAACAAUGUUCGAAGACCUAAUCGCCGACCUCUACGCCCGUCUCUACGAAAUCAACACCCCCGCCCUAGUCGAACAAGCAACAGACGAAAACAAAGAAAAAAUGAAACUAGACAAUCUCCUCAUGACCGGCGAAGCCGAAACUACAAAUACACCCCCGGCGACUGACACCCCCGCGCCCCGCGGGCGUACAAAGGGCAUCGCUCGUCGCGAUAUCCAGAAGCGCGCUGAUACUAUCGUCAACAUGAAGCUGGCGCCUCGUGCUGUGGCGAGUAAAGCUCCUGCUGCGGAGACGGACCCGUCUACGCCGACGCAGGCUGGGUUGGGUGAUGUGGCUGCUGCUGCUCCGGGCCCGGUUUCUGCGCUUCGGGGUGAGGAUAAGGAGGGUGGUAGUGGUGAGCAGACUGGGGAUGAGGAGGAGAUGAGUGAGAUAGACGAGACUAAGAUUGGGGAUGAGGGGGCUUCGGUGCUUUUCCCGGCUGUUACUGAUGCUGAGGAGGGUGUGGAUGAAGGGGAUGAAGGGGAUGAAGGGGAUGGUGGGGAUGGUGAUGAGGAGGAGGAUGGUCAGAAUGAGGGUGAGGGCGAGGACGGGGAUGAGAAUGAGAAUGAGGGCGAUGAUAACGGUGAGGGUGAAGGUGAUGUUGAGGGCGAGGAUGAGGGGAAUGAAGAUGAGGAUGAGGAGAUGCAAGAUGAGGAACCGAGCUUGGAGGAGGAUGAUAAAGAGGAGAAGGAUGUUGCGACUGCUGAUCAGUCUGCUAAGGAUACGGAAACUGAGGUUGUGACCGGCAAGCAAGAUGAUGUUAUGGAUAUCACACCUUGA